CCGGCUCCGGCUCCGGCUCCGGCUCAGACGCGCCAGACCCCUGGCCUGGGCUCUCCGCGCAGGACAGACCAUGAAGCUGAAGGAACUUGAGCGGCAAGCCGUCCAAGUGUGGAGCCCAGCUAGCCACUACCCUGUGUAUCUGGCCACAGGAGCAUCUGCCCAGCAGCUAGAUGCCUCCUUUAGUACAGAUGGCACAUUGGAAAUCUUUGAGGUUGAUUUCAGGGACCCCUCUCUGGACUUGAAACACAAGGGAGUCCUUUCUCCCUCCAGCAGCCCAGAGGAUUAUCUUGCCCAUCCCACUUUAGAGAUUGCUGGUCUAGAAUACAACUCUCCAUCUUCUUGUGCGUUUUUUGGUCCAGCUGAGUUUCACAAGCUGAUCUGGGGGAGCUUUGGCAACGGGCUUCUGGAAGGCUCCCGGGUUAUUGCAGGUGGUGGAGAUGAUGGCAUGCUUACACUAUACAAUGUGACCCACAUCCUGUCUUCGGGAAAGGAGCCUGUGAUUACCCAGAUACAGAAGCACACGGGGGCUGUCAGAGCCCUUGACUUGAAAUCCUUUCAGGGCAACCUCCUGGCCUCAGGGGCCAAUGAUUCAAAAAUCUUCAUUUGGGACUUGAAUAACCUGAGUGUGCCAGUGACCCCAGGCUCCAAGUCACAGCAGCCCCCAGAAGACAUCAAGGCACCCUCUUGGAACCGUCAAGUUCAACACAUUCUGUCUUCUGCUCACCCCAGCGGCAAGGUAGUCGUGUGGGAUCUCAGGAAGAAUGAACCGAUCAUCAAAGUCAGUGAUCACAGCAACAGGAUGCACUGCUCAGGCCUGGCCUGGCACCCAGACAUAGCCACCCAGUUGGUGCUAUGUUCAGAAGACGAUCGUCUUCCAGUAAUUCAUCUGUGGGACUUGCACUUUGCCUCCUCACCCCUGAAGGUGCUGGAGAGUCACAGCAGGGGGAUCCUGUCAGUGUCAUGGAGUCAGGCUGACGCUCAGCUACUGCUCAGUAGUGCCAAGGACAACCAGAUCUUGUGCUGGAACCUGGGGAGCAGCGAGGUGGUAUAUAAGCUACCCACACUGAGCAGCUGCUGCUUUGAUGUGCAGUGGUGCCCUUGGGACCCUCCAGUGUUCUCUGCUGCCUCCUUCGAUGGCUGGAUCAGUUUAUACUCUGUGAUGGGUAGGAGCUGGGAAGUCCAGCAGAUGAGACAGGCUGACAAGAUCUCUUCUUCCUUUAGUAAAGUCCAGCGUCUCCCACCAUUGCAGGUGCCAGAGCAAGUGGCCCAAGCAUCAUUGAUACCUCCGCUGAAAAAAACCCCCAAAUGGAUGAGAAGGCCAGCAGGUGUUUCAUUUGCUUGUGGGGGGAAGCUGGUUACCUUUGGCUUCCCCAGCACCCCUGCCCAUCAGGUGCCACAGCCUUGCCUCCGCCUAGUCUUCAUCAGUCAGGUCACCACAGAACCUGAAUUCCUCAUGUGGUCAGCUGAGCUGCAGGAGGGCCUGGGAUUAGGAAAUCUCCUGAAUUACUGUCAGAACAAGAUCCAGCAAGCAUCACUGCAAAGCGAAAAGAUGCUCUGGCAGUUCCUGAAGGUGACCUUAGAGAAGGACUCCAGAAUGAAAUUCCUAAAACUAUUAGGAUACAAUAAAGAUGAACUUCAGAAGAAGGUGACCACAUGGUUGAAGAGUGAUUUGGGGCUGGGUAAGAGCCCUCAGCCCAAGGGAGUUGACCUCAACAGUAACAGACAACAGGCCUUUUGCAUCCAGACCUCCAAACAUACCACCAAGGAAACCUCUGCCUGCUCAACCUUCUUUGAUGAGCUGGUCUCUCAGGACAUGACUCCGUGGGAGAUCCCCAUCACAGAAGACAUAGACAGACUCCUGAGCCAGGCUCUCCUGCUUGGAGAACUGGGCCCCGCUGUGGACUGUCGGAAGGAAGAGUGCUUUGUUGAUGCCAUCAUCCUGGCCCAGGCUGGGGGCGCAGCGCUGAAGCAAACACAGGAGCACUACUUGGCCAAGAAGAAAACCAGAAUUGCCCCGCUGCUAGCCUGUGUUAUACAGAAGAAUUGGAAAGAUAUGGUGUGUGCCUGUAGCCUGAAGAACUGGAGAGAGGCUCUGGCCUUGCUACUGACAUACUCAGGGCCAGAGAAAUUCCCCGAGCUCUGUGACAUGCUGGGAACUCACAUGGAGCAGGAGGGUGGCAGGGCACUAACCUCUGAAGCCAGACUCUGUUACGUGUGCUCAGGAAGUGUGGAGCAGCUGGUGGAGUGCUGGGCAAAAUGCCCCCGGGCUUCAUCCCCCAUGGCUCUACAGGACCUGAUGGAGACGGUGAUGGUCCUUAACAGGAGCUUGAAGCUACUGCAGGGUCCUGAUGGGGUGAGCCCAGGCCCUGCCACAACAUACAGAAUCGCUCAGUAUGCCAACCUCCUGGCAGCCCAGGGCAGCCUGGUCACUGCCAUGAGCUACCUACCCAGUGACAGUGCUCAGCCACCAAUUCAGCAGCUGAGAGAUCAGCUUUUUCAUGCCCAGGGUUCUAGUGUCUUGGGCCAGCAGUCUCCCCCUUUCCCCUUUCCCCGGGUUAUUGUGGGAGCUGCUCCCCACUCUCAAGAGACAUCAUCUCCCAGACUGGGAUUCCAGUCUUCUCACCAGGUUCCAGCUCCAUCUCCAAGGCCAAGGAUUUUUACACCUCCGUCACUUGUGAUGCUCUUGACACCUUCCCGUCCUAGCCCUUAUCAGGGCUCCAGAAUGCAGAAUACAAGUGACUACAGGCCAUCUGGGUUCCAGGAAGCCCAGUCUUUGCCUGUGGUCCCUGGGGUAAGGCCUGCUUUAUCUCAGCCGCAGCUGUCAGGAGGGCAAAGGGUGCAAGCUCCUAACCCCGUGGGAUUCCCUGGAACAUGGCCUCUUCCUGGUCCACCCACGGCACCCCCAGACAUUAUACAGGCUGGUUCUGCCUCCCUGCCUGAGACUCCUCGACGGCUCCCUGUGCUUCCUGUGAGAGCACCAGGCUUCGACCCUAUGAGCUCCCAGCUGCCAGCCCCUCCUGUCACCUUCUCUGCAGCACACCCUCCAGGAGGGCCAGGUGCUCCAUGCACCGAUGCCUUCCCAGCCACUGGCAUCUUGACUCCUCAACCAGGACCUCAGGAUUCCUUGGAAAAUGCUCUGCCCAGGGGAAACCUCCAGAGGAAAGAGUUGCCAGAGACAUUUAUGCCCCCAGCACCAAUUACUGCUCCAGUUAUGUGCCUCGCCCCUGAGCCACGAGGGGUCCUUUCCUCACAGCCUGCUGUCCCCAGUGUGAAUCAUGCUCCCCCUGGGGCCCCAGGAGAACUUAGCCUUCAGCAACGUCAGCGGCCGCCUGAGAAGAUGGACAGGAAGGAGCUGCCCCCUGAACAUCAGUCCUUGACUAUCAGCUUUGAGGCGCUUCUGCAGCGAUGCUCCCUGUCUGCCACUGACGUAAAGACAAAACGGAAGCUGGAUGAAGCAGCCCAACGUCUAGAAUGUCUAUAUGAGAAACUCUGCAAAGGGACACUCUCACCUCCUGUCCUGGCUGGGCUCCCCGAGGUUGCCAGAUGUGUGGACGCAGGAAGCUUUGAACAGGGCCUCACUGUGCAUGCUCAGGUGGUGAGCUGCAGCAGCUUCAGUGAGGUCUCCAGCUUCAUGCCUGUCCUGAAGUCCAUCCUCAUCAUCGCUCGUAAGCUACACGUCUAGACCAGGCAGCUCCUCUUUCCAGGAGGCCACAUCUACUCUUACUUAACUCCUUCCUGCAGGAAAGGGGAAUUUCGGAACAGAUUCCGUUUGUUUUUCCUAGCCCUCUUCCCUUGCUGCCAGGUAUAUGAUGCUGUAGGUUUAGCUCCAAACCAGCAGAGUGCCUGCUCUCCACCCCUUUAUGCGUGGCCCUCUGGGAUCUGCUCAGGGCUCUCUCAGCCUAUUCUUCUUCACUUUCCCUAAAACUGUACUCCAACAGGGCCUGGGACAGUGUGUCUUCUCCCCCAGGGAUAACUACGUGGCUUCUGAGAGGGUGAGCAGGAUCGUUAACUUCCAAGUCUACCUCGACUGUACCCAUCUUGUGGGUCUUUUGUCUUUCCCCUUCUGUGGGUUAUGAGCCUGACUUUACCUUUUCCUUGCCUCUGACUUCAUAUUUCCAGGUUCAUACUUCUCUGAGCCCCAGAGGCUGGGGUAGAGUUGACUGCUGUUCACCCUUUGAACAAGUCAUACACAUGAGGGAUGGGUGCUGAGCACAACGAAGAGAAGGAACUCAGACCCUUUUAAGAAGGGACCUCUCAACUGCCAGCAUUGAUAAGGGUGGGCUAGGUGAGGCGGAGGGUGGAUGGGAUGCCUUUGCUGAGAGCUGUCUUAGGCUAUGGGCUGUGGGGAGUGACCCCUGACUCAGCCUGCCUGAUCCCUGGCCCAGGGCCUAGACCACUCAUUCUGUGAUUAGAAGCCAGGUUCUGGAAUGGGAGCCAUAUUAAUGAAAGAGUCUUCUAGCACUGUUCUUCAAGGCUUGGAGGCCCUCUUCCUCCAGCCCCACACAUCUCAGGGCUGCCUUCUCAGGCUGCGCUUUCAAGGUUGGACUUUGCAUUUGAAGCACUGAUGUACUUUAUGUGCAAUAAAGCUGCUUUAGUUUGGUUUCCUCUGUCAUCUCCCAAUUACUGUCUCCUCUAGGUCCUAUUUUGCU